AACAGCUUUUGAUCCAACACGUUAAUUCCAAGUUGUACUGACCAACUGCCCGGCUACAACUUUAUUUCCACUUCUAUACUCAUAUAAUCUCAGCAACAGCACAAUAUGGCCACCCCAGCCUCAAGCGGGCUCAAAUUUCUCAGCAAUGCGCUCGCAACGCCCGAACAGCUCUCCAACUCGUCCUCUGCUAUCGACGGCGUCGCGCCCGACCUCGAAGCCUCAAUCCGCUUCGCCGGGGCCCUUCUCACCCAAGCCGCCGGGGUAUUACUCCGGCUAUCCCAAGACAUCAUCGCGCAAGCGAUUGUGACCUUCACGCGGUUCUGGAUUGGAUCCGAAGGAGGCAGUCUCCGGAUCUACAAUGUGAAGGACGUCUCCGCCGCCGCACUCUACCUAACAGCCAAGCUCUCGUUCCAACCGACGUCCCCGCGGUCCGUCCUGAACGUCUACGGCUUCCUCCUCUCGAAAGAAGCGUCACCUUUGUGGUGCAUCAACCCGACCCCAGUCAGAGCCACAGACCCACCGCCGAACCCAGAGAGCUACGUGCUCACGGAGGGCCAGUACCAAGCGCAGCGGCUGGUGCUGAUGCGCACGGAGGCGAUCAUCCUGCGCACGCUGGGGUUCAACACGCACGUCGCGCUCCCGCACACGGUGUCGCUGACGUACCUGCAGACGCUGGGGGUGACGGCGCCGGGCGUGGCGAAGCGCGUGUUCGGGCAUCUGAACUCGGCGCUCUUGUCGCCGCAGCUGCUGUGCGUGACGCACCAGCCGAAUGCGCUGGCGGUCGCGGCGAUCUAUCUCGCUGCGCGGGAGGAGGGCGUUAAGCUGGUUGAUAGUGAGUGGUGGGAGGUGUUUGAUGUCGAUCGAGAGGAGUUGGGGUUCUUGGUCGUGGGUAUGCGGAGUAUGGAGGGGUUUGCGCAGGCGGAGUUCGACAAAUGGAAGGGCAGGAGCGUGCCGAUGACGGUCGAGGAGGUGGAGAGUGAGAUUGAACGGAGGGGGACUGAGGGGGAGUGAGGUUGCUUUGAUAGUGUGCAUUGGGCAUUCUACCUAUUUUGAGAGACGGACAGACACGGGCAGCUGCGUCUCGAAGACUCAGACCGACAGGCUGACGGACGGACAUCGGUCUGGCUACUGGGGUCCGGCAUACCACGAACAUGAUGUCCAUGAGGUCCUCACCCAGUUGGAGGUCUUUCAACUCAACUGAAGCUGAGGGGGCAUUUCCUUAUCGCCGAGCGCUGCGAUAGACCCGGAAGACAGGCG